ACCGUGUAACCACGUCCGACCAUGUCUAACUUUGUAUAUCUGGCAUGACUGGAAUUGUAUUGUGAAAUUGUUUGCUCCCCAAAACAGAACAACAUUGUAUAUUCGCUAUUUGACCUGUUCAAAAUAAAACUAAAUAGGCAUGAAUCGAAGCACUGCACGUAUGUUAUUAUCUAUAAACGUCACGGUCGCCACGAAUUCCCAGUGUCGGACAAUGUUAAAUUUCGUUUGCGUUCUCCCCGUCACCGAUUUUUGUAAAUGAGGAUUUACGCGACGUCAGUCGUGUUGAUUCUUUAAGGAUAAAACGAUGCCCGCAAGUCGUCUCGAUGCCAUCUACAGGAGUAUUUUACUCACUAAAUUUUUCACGAAAGGCUGGGGCAAUCCUGAAAAUUUACGAAGGAUAUUUGAAUUUAGGAAAAUCGUAGCAAAUCGAGAGGCUUGUUACAACCUGAUUCCUUCUGAUUACCCAGUUACGGUUACUAAGCAGGACGAACAAUGGUCCGAUUGCCAUAUCGUGGAAGGACAAUUCGAAUCACCUUUCGAACAUCAUUUGCCUGGAAUAAUGCCGGAAGAGACCAAAAUUGCCCAUUUUCAAAUGAUAUUACCUAGGAAAUGGAGUUCGCAUAAAAUCAAACCUAUCUGCUUACAUCUUGCUGGCACGGGUGAUCACUUUUUUUGGCGAAGAAGAAAUCUGAUUGCGAAACCGCUGUUGAAAGAAUCAGGAAUUGGGUCAAUCCUUUUAGAGAAUCCUUUUUACGGAUUACGAAAGCCAAAAGACCAAAUCCGUUCCAGUUUGCACAACGUGUCUGACAUUUUUAUCAUGGGAGGCUGCUUGAUAUUGGAAUCUAUCGUUUUACUCAAUUGGUGCGAACAACAAGGAUACAGUCCUCUUGGAUUAACAGGCCUUUCUAUGGGAGGACACAUGGCUUCACUCGCUGCAACAAAUUGGCCCAAACCGAUUCCGUUAAUUCCUUGUCUUUCGUGGUCAACGGCAUCUCCAGUUUUUACUGAAGGCGUAAUGAGCGCCUCUAUAAAUUGGGCGCUACUUGAGUCUCAGUACUUUGGUAAUAAAAUGUACCAGAACGAUCUCGCUAAAAUGGUUAGAAUAAUCGAUCAAGACGAUGCUUUUUUGGCGGGUCAGCAUUUUGCGAAACAUUACCCAGACAGUAUGACGCGACUAGAUCGAAUAAAAGUGGAAUCGAAGAAGAGAAAUGAGGAAUUAAAGACUAGUAAAGACUCUAGUAAAUUAAAUAACUGUGACAAUACUCACAAAGCGAGUGCUAACACAAUUCGAAAAAUAAAAGUGGAAAAUGGAAAGAUGGCAGAGGAAGAAGCCGCUGCAGAUCUUUUCUCUUUAAAUCUGAUCUCGAACCGAUUUAAAAGCCCUAAUUUGAAUUCCUGGAAGGGGGUGUGCUUAUUUCCUGUGUCGAAACACCCCCUAUUUUCAGACAGUAAGUGGCGGGAGCAUGAGGCAUUGCAAUUUAUGAGAGGAAUAAUGGACGAAUGUACGCAUCUCAGGAAUUUUGAGACUCCCGUGGACACAGAAUUGAUAAUUGCAGUAUGUGCCAGAAACGACGCUUAUGUCCCUCGAGAAGGAUGCAUGAGCCUGGAAGAAAUUUGGCCGGGUGCAGAGGUUCGAUAUAUCGAUGCCGGCCACAUUAGUGCCUACCUCUUACAUCAGAAAUUAUUUAGGUCGACAAUUGCUGAAGCCUUCCAACGAUCUUUAAAAAAAUAUCCGAUUGACAAAAGUUAAUGAAGCGUACUUGCUUCUCAGAAGAAAUCAAUUUUAGAAAAGGAACUCUUUCAUUCACUGCAGCGGAGUUUAGUGGAAUUUCUCAAUUUUUGUCUCUAUUUUUAAUAAAGUUUUGUUAAUAAAAUAUUUAAGAAGCAAAAAGCGGUAAACAAUUUAAAACUAGUUUCGAAGGUGAACACCUAUUUUCAAUCAUGAAACUGCCUCAAAUGUACAAUAAUGAUUGUUACCUUGUUUUGUAAUCAGUUAAUAUAUAAUUGUAUGAUUUCAAUGAUGAAGUCAGUCAAGGUAGUUCUGAUUGAAAACCUGUUUUUUAUUUCUGAAAAUUUAUCGUAAUACGGUUAUGGUUUACUAAUUUAAUAGUGACCAUAAGAUACGAUUUUUCUAAAGAUUUAAAAAGUGUAGUUCGUUUGAGGUCACAUAAAAUCGCACAAAUUGAAAAUCAAACUUUGAAUACAUUUGAAGGGUACCCGGUCUAAAUCUGUUAACUGACAUUUCAGAAAUUUUACACGGCGAAGUAAAAUCGUUGUUAUUUGAGCGUUAUAUGACAAGUGAAAGUUCUUCAUAUGUUAUAUACAAGGGUUCCAGCGCUUUAAACCUGUUAUCUGCAGUGUUCUACCGCUGAUUUUGCAUUGUUUUUUCCGAGCUCGUAUUCUUCUAUGUUGUUUGUCAAGCUGCGGAAAAGUUUUAUAUGUCAAAAUGUUUGGAAUCGCAUGCCGAAUAUAGAUGUGAUUGUAGAAAUUUCGAAAAGUUUAUUACAAAAAUUUCCUGACAGUAAUCGAGACGCGUCGCUCACCUUUGUCUUUACAGUAAUUUUUAGACGACAACAUCGACGCUGACGUGAGAAUAGCCACAAAUAACUUUCGACACACACGCACACACUUAGUUGCACACACACUCACAUGUGUCUCAUUGGCCUAUUCUGCGAGUAAACUGAGCCGAUUUGAGAAAAAACACGUAUUUCACAUAAGACACCAUAAGUAGUUAACAGGUUUAGAUCGCGAACCCUUCAGUUUUAAAGUAACUGACAAAUGUAAAAUCAAGUCUCGUGAUUUAAAGAUCAAUCUGAUCAUUCAUGUUAAUAUAAGAAACCUUAAAUUUUCAACAGUUUUCAAAAUGUUUUCAUUUUUGCAAUUUCAAGUUAACGAUCUUGUGGCCUUGAUCGAUCUUCAAUAAUAAAUAUUUUUGAUACACUUUUUUCAGAACUAUCAUAAUACACAUUAUUGAGAUUUAGGACUUUAUACCCUUGUAGCAAAGAAUUUUUUAACGAGUGUAUAUAUAAAAUCUGUUAUGAGCAAAAUAUAAUAAUUUAAUUUCACGAAAA